ACUGCCUCAUUGCUGACUGGUUUCCCAACGCACACACAUAGACCUGUUCUACAGUUGAACAUAAUCUACCCUAGCGAGUCCCUACCAUAUCUGUCUCUCUCUUCGAGGGAGCGCAUCAUAUUUUGAGCCGAGGAAUUAACUCACUCGCACAGAUACUGUCGAGCGACACGAUCAACGAGUCUUAACGUGUAAAACAUAGAAAUUAUCGAACUCGCGCGUUCUCGCUAGUGUGGUACGGCCGGCACCAACGUAUGUUGGUCAUCAUCGAAAUCGACGGAUCGAACAUUGAAAUUCCACGCGGCAGAGAACAACCGACGGCGACGGCAACGACAUCGUUGAAAUAAGAAUAACUCAGUCAGCAAUCGUAGGCGCACGCACCUCAAGUUCCAACGUUUUUAUUCCGUUUUCAUCACGAGUGCGAGACGGGCCUACACACUUGUGACUGUCUUUUAGCUGAGUCGAAUUACUAAAUAAGCAGAACAAUGGCUGCGGAUCCCAAGAGCGGAGAUCAUCUGGCGACUGCGAUUUUGCGCAAAAAGGAUAAGCCAAACAGACUCCUCGUCGACGAGGCUUCAAACGAUGACAACUCCGUGGUCGCCCUGUCUCAGGCUAAAAUGGACGAGCUCCAGCUUUUCCGUGGCGAUACUGUCCUUCUCAAAGGCAAACGUCGCAAGGAAACCGUUUGCAUUGUCCUUUCGGACGCCAGCUGCUCCGACGAAAAGAUCCUCAUGAACAGGGUUGUGCGCAAUAACUUACGUGUCAGACUCAGUGACGUCGUAUCGGUACAGUCAUGCCCCGACAUCAAAUACGGCAAACGCAUUCACGUCCUGCCCAUCGACGACACCGUCGAAGGAUUGACUGGAAAUCUAUUUGAGGUUUAUCUAAAACCCUAUUUCCUAGAAGCUUAUCGUCCCAUACACAAAGAUGACACCUUCAUUGUACGUGGAGGCAUGCGUGCAGUUGAAUUCAAAGUUAUUGAGACUGAUCCAGGUCCAUAUUGCAUCGUAGCACCUGAUACUGUUAUUCACUGCGAAGGAGAUCCUGUCAAACGAGAAGAAGAAGAGGAAGCUCUCAAUGCCGUCGGUUACGAUGACAUUGGUGGUGUCAGAAAGCAAUUGGCUCAGAUUAAAGAAAUGGUUGAAUUACCCCUUCGCCACCCCUCUCUUUUCAAAGCUAUUGGUGUUAAACCACCUCGUGGUAUUCUUUUAUAUGGUCCACCUGGUACAGGUAAAACUUUAAUUGCUCGUGCUGUUGCCAAUGAAACUGGUGCUUUCUUCUUUUUGAUCAAUGGUCCUGAAAUCAUGAGCAAACUCGCUGGUGAAUCAGAGAGUAAUUUACGUAAAGCGUUUGAGGAAGCUGAAAAGAACUCACCAGCUAUCAUUUUCAUUGAUGAACUUGAUGCAAUUGCUCCUAAAAGAGAAAAAACUCAUGGUGAAGUCGAGAGACGUAUAGUUUCUCAACUUUUAACCUUGAUGGACGGGAUGAAACAGAGUUCACACGUUAUUGUUAUGGCUGCCACAAACCGUCCUAAUAGUAUUGAUGGAGCUCUCAGGCGCUUUGGUCGUUUUGAUAGGGAAAUUGAUAUCGGUAUACCAGACUCGACUGGUCGUUUAGAAAUCUUAAGAAUUCAUACAAAAAAUAUGAAACUGGCUGAAGACGUCGAAUUAGAAGAAAUUGCGGCUGAAACUCACGGUCACGUUGGUGCCGAUUUAGCUUCUUUGUGUUCAGAAGCUGCUUUACAACAAAUUAGAGAGAAAAUGGAUCUCAUUGAUUUGGAAGAUGACCAAAUUGAUGCCGAAGUGUUAUCAUCACUUGCGGUCACAAUGGAAAACUUUAAGUAUGCAAUGAGCAAAAGCAGCCCGUCGGCUCUUCGCGAAACAAUCGUUGAAGUUCCAACCGUCACCUGGGACGAUAUCGGUGGUUUGCAAAAUGUCAAACACGAACUACAAGAAUUGGUUCAGUAUCCUGUGGAACAUCCAGAAAAGUUUUUAAAAUUCGGAAUGCAGCCAUCGCGAGGUGUACUAUUUUACGGACCACCAGGUUGCGGUAAAACUCUUUUGGCUAAGGCUAUAGCCAAUGAAUGUCAAGCUAACUUUAUCUCAGUCAAAGGUCCCGAACUUCUGACCAUGUGGUUCGGAGAGUCUGAAGCUAAUGUCCGCGAUGUAUUUGACAAGGCGCGUUCAGCAGCUCCUUGUGUGCUCUUCUUUGAUGAAUUGGACUCAAUUGCCAAGUCUCGUGGUGGUAGCGUCGGUGAUGCUGGAGGUGCUGCUGACCGUGUAAUCAAUCAGAUUCUUACAGAAAUGGACGGCAUGGGUGCCAAAAAAAAUGUAUUUAUCAUCGGUGCUACUAAUCGACCCGACAUCAUUGAUCCUGCCAUUCUUCGCCCUGGUAGACUCGAUCAAUUAAUCUACAUCCCACUGCCUGAUGAAAAAUCUCGAGAAUCCAUUUUCAAAGCUGCGCUUCGUAAAUCACCAGUUGCACAAGAUGUUGAUUUGAUAUACAUUGCCAAAGUUACACAUGGAUUUUCUGGUGCCGAUAUCACUGAAAUUUGCCAGAGAGCUUGUAAAUUGGCCAUCAGACAGUCAAUCGAAACAGAAAUACGUAAAGAAAAGGAGCGAGCAGCAAAUCCAGCUGCCUCCAUGGAUACUGACGAAGAAGAUCCUGUUCCCGAAAUAACGCGUGCUCACUUUGAGGAAGCCAUGAGAUUUGCUCGUAGAUCAGUAUCUGAUAAUGAUAUUCGUAAAUACGAAAUGUUUGCACAGACUCUGCAACAAUCCCGUGGUUUUGGAACCAACUUCAGAUUUCCACAAGGUGGAACUGGAGGGGCUCAAGACACGACGCAAGGGGAUCAACCCUUCCAAGAUGAUGCUGAUGAUGAUCUCUACAGUUAAGUUAUUUACUAAAGAAAAAUUGUAAUCUCGUUUGCAAUAAGCACACGACAAAAGGGCCUGUCGAUUAUUUUGUACAUUUAAAGAUUACACCAUAAUUUUUCAUAGUUCAUGUGAGUAAAUUAAUAUAUGCUUUAAAAAAUUUUAUAUGAAGUACGUGAUGUGUGUACUAAAUAGAAUAAAAUUGUUAUAAACGACAA